AUGUUCGCUCAUGUGACGCGAAAUUCCGGACUCCGAGGAAAUGUCAGCCGAUGGCGCGCCAAUGCGCCGCCGAAGACGGUGCCGUUGGGAAGCCGCGGCUCGACGACGCGAUCCGAGCAUAAACGGGACUGCAGCCGGCAUCUCGUUCUUAUCUUAGCCGUAACAAACCUCGCGUUGCUCUUCCUCCACCCACUAUUGACAUUUAGGUCACCGGGUUCCGGUAUCAACGACGAUUAUGAUGAUCAGGAUCCUUUCUCGAGAGCCGCUGCUGACGUGGCAUGGCGAUCGAGGCAGAAAAGAAGGGGUUUGUGGAUCGCGGCUACGCAACGAUGGCGCGGAGCGGACGGCAUUCAGGCAGAGACCAUCGGAAAGCUCUUAAACGAGGACGCGGAGCGGUUCUCCCUGCCAAUCAAGCGGCGCCACGUCAGCACGGGGCACGGGCUGCAGGGAUUCGUCCUCUACAGCAGCUACCGGCUGAACCUGUCGUCCUUUGUGGUGCUCGGGCUCUCCCCCAUGGCGCUUCACUCGCUGCCACGUGUCAACUCGUGCAGAUGGGAGCCGACGAUGCCAGCAUCACAUGCUGAUGAGACACGUGGCACCGAUGGUACACGUGGCAGGGAUGAUACACGUGGCUCAGCCACGUCAGCACAUGCAGGAUUCGCGCGGCAUCUUCUGGAAGUCAAGGGAGGUGGCAAAGAGGGGCCACGGGGGAAGGGGGGUGAGGGAGGUAAAGGGGGGGUUCGAGGGAAAGGGGAUGGGGGGAAUAAAGGGGUGGUACAGGGGAGGAGUGGGGCUGAGAGUGCGGAGGGGAGAAGAGAGAGUGGGAAGAAGGGCGAGGUGGGGAAGACGGAGGGGAUCAAUGUGGUGAAAAGUGGUGCAGUGGGGUUGAAGGAGCAGCAGCAGGCACUGCGGCAGGCAGGCAAGGAGGUUGGGGGUGUCGGUCGGGAAAGGGAAGGAGGGAAGGGAGGGGAGACGGCAGGGGAAAAGGGUGGAGUAAAGGGAGGAAGCAAGGGAGGCGUGAAAGAAGGAGACGAAGGCGGAGGGAAGGGAGGAGGGAAGGGAGGAGGGAAGGGAGGAGGGAAGGGAGGAGAGGAGGAUGGAGUGAUGGGGAAAGAGAAGGGGGGAGGGAAAGGAGGAGAGAAAGGGGGAAGGGAGAGGCCGGAGGAGAAGAAGAAGGUGGUGGGAAUUGGUGCACAAGAGAAAGAGGGGAAUGGUGGUGGUUCUGGCAAGGGUGGUACAGGCGCAAAGGGAACAACAGUGGGCACAGGAGGCGGGGGAGUGGUAGUCAUUUUGAAUGAACCGCACUCCACUCUUCACCACCCCAUGAGCCCCCCUAUUCCGUCCCCUCCCCCCCCGCCCAUGCCCACCCCCAGCCACGCCCUGACACACUGCUCCUCGCCGCUGUACAAGCCGAUGCACGCCGGCCGGCUGCGAGAGUGGAUGGAUUUCCACCGCGCUGUUCACCGCGUCGACCUCUUCCUGCUCUACGAUGCGGGCGGCGUGGACGGCGCGGUUCGGCACGCUCUGCAUCCGCUGCUGGCGGGCGGCACAGUGCAGGUCGCGGAUCUCAGAGAUGCCGCCCGGUUCGAGAGCUACCACCAUGCACAGCUCCUAGCAAUGAAUGACUGCAUAUUCCGCACGCGCUACCUCUCCCGCUGGACGCUCUUUCUCGACUUCGAUCACUACAUCACCCUCCCCAACGCGCUCAUCUCCAAAAUCUAUCCCCCCACCACCACUUCCACUGCCGCCAUCAUAACCACUACCACUACCACUCCCACCACCGCCACCACUGCCACCACUGCUGCUACUGCCCUUCCCAAGGCGCUCCUGGCUGACCCGAGCAACAGCAGGGCGCUCUCUCUGCUGGCGUUCCUUGACGGAAGAGGCCAGAGUCUUGACGCGAGAGGGCAGGGGCAGGGGGAGGGCGAGGAGGGGUGGACGUGGGUGAGCUUUGGCUGCUUUGUCUUCUCCGUCGAUCGCUGCGCUCCUUUGCCCGACAUUAGUGAAGGGGACGAGUGGGCGGUGGAGCGCAUGGUGUAUCGGGACCCUGAGCCCUACUGCAGGGAGAACAGCAGCUACAGUGAUAAGACCGUGUGCCAAAAGGCUGAUGGCCUCCGCAAAUACGCCAUCAACCCGCGGAAAACCCUCGUGGUUCAGAGCAACCGAAUUUUGAAUGCGGAGCCUGGAGGGUACAUAGCGCCCACGGGGAGUGUGCGUAUAAAUUACUUCAAAGGGCUUUCGGAACGAGAGCGCAGCACUUGCGAGAUUAUCAUGCCGAAUGCUGAUGGUACCAUUGAUGCCAACUUGACUCAAGAUUACUCCGUUUCGAAUCUAGCUGUUGCCGAGGAGGAGGAGGAGGAGGAGGAGGAGGAGGAGGAGGAGGAGGAGGAGGAGGAGGAGGAGGAGGAGGAGGAGGAGGAGGAGGAGGAGGAGUGGGGUGAGGAGGAAGAGGAGGAGGAGUGGGGGGAGGAUUGGGGGGAGGAGGAGGAGGAGGAGGAGGAGGAGGAGGAGGAGGAGGAGGAGGAGGAGGAGGAGGAGGAGGAGGAGGAGGAGGAGGAGGAGGAGGAGGAGGAUGAGAAGCAGAAGGAUGAGGAGGAGGAGGAGUUGAGCACUGAGGGGAUAACGGAGCAAGAGCAACAGCAGGUUCAGCAGUCUCUGAAGCAACUGUUUGGUGACGGGGAGGCGCAGGAAGCUACUAUUGUUGCUGCUGUUCGUAACGCUGCUGGUGGUGAUGAUGGUUCCAGUGGUAGCAGCAGCAUAGGUGGUGGUGGUGUUGAUGUUGAUAUCUGGGCGGCAUGGCAAGCAUCUGGUGACACGUGGCACACCCACAGGGACUCUGUGCGGCUUAUAGUUUUCAACGCCGCUGUCCAGCUGGCACUGGACGAGUGCAUUGGCAGGUCGUCUCGCCUCCCCGCCGCCUCGGGCCCAUCAUUCCUCACUUCGAUGGCAGCAGCUGUCGGCCUUUCGCCAUGCGUGGCCCUCGCAGCAACACUCAAGGGAGUGGUUGCUAGGCUGGAAGCAGAGCUCGUCGCUUGCAAUGACUUGAUCGAAGCUUUUAUGUGGCGCCAUGCAAACGUCAAGCUGCGCCAGAUAGCGAAUCUGCUCUCUGAAUUCACUCCCCCUGCCAUCUUGCCUGAGCUAGUGUCGACAGCCCAUCGUCUGGGUGUCAUGCUGACUCGCUGGCAGCGAGAGGAGCUGGCAUGGAUGUAUGAGAGGGCUGCUGGUCCCGAGCAUGUGGUGCUCGUGAGGAUAGCACUUGGGGUAUAG